GAUUCUCGCUUUGCUCUCCCCAUCACCCAUCACUCAGAUCACCCAUCAACAACAACUGGGUGUAAGUGUAAUUAAGCUGUAAUAGAAUGUAUACGAAUCGUUGGGAAGAGGCCCAAAGUGAACCGUCUACAGGUCCAAGUUUAUUGCGGCUACCAACGCCUCCACCUAGAACAGUCACAGGGACGACACCGACAGCGGGAGCGGUGAUUGAUCCCGCGCUCGAAUCAGAAAACAGCGCAGCUUCAACACGACUUGGAGGAGUUCCACCGAAAAUGAGAAGGUCGCCAGUGCCCUUGUUGAACGGUUCGAGAACAGAAAAAGACGAGCCCUAUAGCCCAGAAGAGUCCCACUUGCAUCUGUCGUCAAACUCUGCAGACAGAUCCACAAUUCGAACCACGGACAUGUCAAACUCGUCAUCGUCCAAGCGUUCUGCUUCACCUGCUUCUGUUUCAGAAGAUGGGCAUGUACGACCCAGAUCUACAGACGAACAUCGCGGUCAUAAUGGCUUGCACCACGUCCCAAACUACCCGUACUCACCCAUGCACCACCCUCACGCGCCAUAUCCUAACGGCCACCCUCAUCAAUUGCCACCACCGCAUAUGUCCCACCACGGGCAUUACUACUCACAUCCACCACCACCACCUCCACUUACCCAUUAUUCCUAUUAUCCACCACCCCCUCCACCAGGCCAUAUCAUGCCAUACGCUCAUCAUGGGCACCCUCACCAACUUCCUCCGCCUCAUUCCUAUCCGCCACACCCGCACCAUCCGACACCACCACAUUUACAGUCACCGAAUUCACCGCAUUCACACACGCUACCUUCGCCGCAUAGCCAGAUGCACGGGCACGGGCACCUACCUUCGCAUAGCCAACGUGAGCCGUAUGCUCCCGAGCGCUACGCGCCUGGCGCGCAAGGACAAGGAGCAGGUGGCUUUCCACCACCACCACAACAGCCAUCAUCAACCGGAGGGAAGGGCAACGUUUAUCCGUCGGGGGCCGGACCCCCAACUUCUACCGGAGAGGUCGUCUACACCGAAGAUGCUGCGACCAAGCUGAGCGAUAGAGUAAGGAGAAGAUGUUAUAAUUGUUAUACGACGGACACCAGUACUUGGAGAAGAAGUAAUCUGAACCCUGGCAAGGUGCUCUGCAAUAAAUGUGGUCUCUUUGAACGAACGCAUUCAAGGCCACGUCCAGAACAGUUUCCUCAUAAACGCGGACCACUGUCUGGACCUGGCCUUCGCAGGAGUGGGUCACCCACGUCACCUAGCUCAAGCAACAAUGUCUACCCACCACCACCGUCUUUAGUACCCCCUCAAGCACCCUACUCCCCUCAUCAAUCACCACCCCAUCUUUCACACCCAUCACCACACCCUCAUUCACCUCAUAUGAACAAUAAUAAACAACCGCAAUCGAUGUCGCUUCCUCCACCUGGAUCUUUAGCUUCGCCCACGUUGUCUCCUUAUCCACAUAUGACGCUUCCACUACCUCGGGGUACGAAUGGACCUAGUUCUACCCAUCUUCCGCCUAUUUUGUAUGGAGAUAAGGAGAGGAGGUUGCCUCAGAUACAGACGUGGCAUUCGCAUGGACAUUCACAUCCCAAUGGCGUUGGGGUGAGGGAAUAUGGAGCUUCACAGUCACAGUCUAAGUCUUCGUCGUUGCCGUCGCCGGUAACUCAACAGUACUCUCGGGAACAUCAAUUGAAUGGGCGUGCGAGGUCGCCAGCGGCGACUGGGGGGGACGGGAAAGAGAGUGGGAGGAGGAGGAGAGAGACGGGUGGGAAGCGGAAAAGGGGGGAAGGAAAUGAUCCGGAGCAUGAGAGAGAGGUGAAUGGGCCACGGGUUAAGAGGGUGAAGGAGGAAGGGAUGGAGAGGGAAAUCAAAACUGAAAUGGAGAUGAAGAUGGAGGAAGAACGGGAGGAUAGGGUUGCUGAUGAGAAGGGGAAGGAUUCCGAGGGAGAAGAUGAAGAAAAGGUGGCUGUUGCUACCGAUCUCCUUGGGGACGGAAGUGAAGAUGAGGAGAAAUGAAUAAUAUAUGGGUCGUUUCUGUUUUUUUUUUUUUUUUAAUUUCUUGCCGUUUAUUCUUGCCUUUCCUCUCCCCCUGCCCUCCCCCGUCUCUCUUUCGGUUUCUUUGUACGUAUCAUUCGUGUUUUGGCCCCUCCUCCCAUCUUUGUUGUAUCUCUUUCCUUGAAAUCUGCUAUCGGGCUUCCUCGCUAUAGUCUAUAAUAUACUUAGCUUACAUUCUAUGUGGAUUUUUCUCCUCCUUUGUAUCUCGAGCGCUGCGGAUGUCUGUUUUUUUUUUUCUUUCUCGUGUAGCUCUUUUCGUGAAACAUACCCCCACAAACCUUUCCCUUUUAUCGUUUGCUUGCUACCUAUGCUUUUCCCCCUCCGGUCGGCUUCAAUGUCUCUUCAACCCAAAAACCUUUAUAAUCUUUUUUAUAGGUAUUGAUAUCUUCCCUUGCUGGGAGUUACACGUAUGCAUGGUCCCCCUUUUUUUCAAUAGAGUGUCAUUACUUGGAUGAUGGAUGAUGGAUGGUAUGUGAUUACUUAUUAGCGCUGCUAAUGAAUGUAUAGUUAUCUGUAAAGAGGUAUUACCUGAGGUAAG